AUGUGGAUAGUUGCGGGAGUAUGCAGUGGUGUUGCAAUUUUAUUAUCAUUUUACCUUAUAUAUAAACAUUUAAGAAAUUAUACAAACCCAGAAUUACAAAAAUAUAUAGUUAGAAUAUUAAUUAUGGUACCGAUUUAUUCAGUAGAUAGUUGGUUAUCAUUAAGAUUUGUAGAGUUAAGUUUAUACUUUGAUGUUGUUAGAGAUACAUAUGAAGCAUAUGUAUUAUAUUGUUUUUUUUCACUUAUUGUAGCAUAUAUAGAAAGAGAUUUUGAUUUAGUAGAGUUACUUCAUAGCAAAGAACCAUUACCUCAUCCAUUUCCUUUAACUUGUUUACCAAAAAUUAAGUUGGAUCGUGGUUUCCUUACCAAUUGUAAAAGAUUUGUUUUACAAUUUGUAUUCAUCAAGCCAAUUGUUGCAAUCAUAUCUUUGGUUUUAGAAACUCAACAUAAAUAUGGUGAAGGUAAAUUUCAAGUUGGAACAGGUUAUGUUUGGUUAACAGUCGUUGAAAAUAUUUCAGUCGGUUUGAGUUUGUAUUUUUUAGUAUUAUAUUAUAAAGCAAUGGAGGAAGAAUUAAAACCAUUUAAACCAUUGGGUAAAUUUUUAUGUAUAAAGAGUAUUUUGUUUUUCAGUUUUUGGCAAAGUAUUGCAAUUUCAUUUUUAGUAUAUUUUGGAGUUAUAUCACCAAUUGGUAGUUGGUCUGUUGAUAAUAUAUCUUCAGCACUUCAAGAUUUUAUUACUUGUGUGGAAAUGGUGAUUUUAGCGAUUUGUCACCACUUCUUUUUUAAUUACCAAGAGUUUAGAGAUCCACAUAAAGUUCCAUUCAUUUAUGAUAAAACUACAAAAACAUUUUUCAAUAACCCAAAAACAAAUAUUACACCUAUAAUAAAAAAUUUUUUUACAAAUGUUACAAAUAUAUCAGACGUUAUUUCAGAUACCAGAGAAACUUUUAUUUUACCUUUACUAUCACCAGAUCAUCAUCAUAAUCAUCCAACUACUAAAAAGAAAGAUGAAGAAAGCAAUUUAUUAGAACCAGAAGAUAAAGAUAUUAUAAUAUAG